CUAAGAAAUACGUACCCCAAGGAAUAAGCGAUCGACUGCCACCUAAUUGCCCACAACCUCCUUGGAUCAUCAUCAUCAUCCUCCACAUACCACUGUCUUCGCAUAAACAGAACUCCCAGUCCAGACAGUCAGUCACCCUGCAGAACACAACACAAACUUGUGAUCCCGUGUGCUCAUAAAUCUUCAGAGCCCUCCUCGACACACUCUCCAAUAAUUCCAACACGAACCAUGGACUUGUCUUCCGAAAUGCUCCGUGAAAUUCCCGGGACAUUGUCCCAACACUACAAGGCGGGCAACCUGAACUAUCCCAUGAUUGUUUAUACUACGAUCGUACACACAGUAGCUCUUGUUGGGCUCUGUACGAUCCCACAAGCUUCCGCUGAAACGUUGCUCUGGGCCUUUGUCCUUUGGCCGAUCAGUGGUUUUGGUAUCACCGUAGGAGUGCAUCGACUUUGGUCGCACCGUUCAUACGAAGCCGCAUUGCCAGUCCGUUUUGUCCUUAUGCUGUGCAACUCCAUUGCUAAUCAAGGAUCCAUCUACCACUGGUCACGGGAUCACCGCGUGCACCACAAGUUCUCCGAAACAGAUGCCGACCCGCACAAUGCCCGACGAGGUUUCUUCUUUGCGCACAUGGGUUGGUUGUUUGUCAAGAAGGACCCCGCCGUCAUUGAAGCCGGCCGGGAAAUGGACUUUUCCGAUCUCCUGGAAGACCCCGUGGUCGCCCUACAGAAAAUGGUCGAUCCUUGGUUCGCCUUGUACAUGUGCUAUGUCAUGCCGGCACAAGUCGCUUCCUACUUUUGGGGCGAGAACUUUUGGACCGCCUUCCUCGUUGCCGGUGGACUCCGGUACUGUUUCGUCCUCCACUGCACCUGGCUCGUCAACUCGGCCGCACACUUGUACGGAGAUCACCCCUACGAUCUUACCUCCUACCCGGCCGAAAACCCUUUCGUGAGCUGGUGUGCCGUCGGAGAAGGAUGGCACAACUGGCAUCACAAGUAUCCCUUUGAUUACGCCGCCUCUGAAUUUGGAGUUUCGUCCCAGUACAAUCCGUCCAAACUCGUCAUUGAUGUUCUGGCAUCGGUUGGUUUGGUGUGGGGACGAAAGCGUGGUACUGCCGCCUGGGCUAUGGGACGCGCGCGGAGAGAUCGGGACAUUGCGCAAGGCAAGGAAAUGCCGAAACAACCCCCGCGACCGUGGGAAGUUCGUACCGUCGCACGCAAGAUUGCGUAAUGCACACCGCGGUAGAUUGCCAACUUUCCUUUUUUUUCCCAAACCUCCUUGCCUACUUGUAUACACACUUUAACCAUAAUAAUUGGUUGAAAGAGUCU